CGGUGAUCGUCAUCGACGUCGGCGACCAUGAGAGGGGGGGUGUUGGUUCACGCAUGUUCCUCUGGGGCUUGCUUAUGAUUGUGUCCGUGUUUGUUUUGUUCGCCGUCGUUGUUGUCCUCUGUUUGGGCGUUGUAGUGGUCGCUCUCCUCGCCACGCGUCGGUAGCGGUGUUGUUCAGUUGCAGAACUGGGUAUCUAGGGAGACGUGCGAAAGCAAUGGAACGACGUAGUUUCACUGAUGAUCUGUACAACGAUUUGGGGGGGUCUUGUUUGUCCGCUGACACAGGGGGUGACGCGAUUUUUUGCGCACAACCACGCAUGGAGUCAGUGCAAUCGGUGCCUUCAUGGUCUUACGUGCCGCAGCCCGGUGUCCGUAGAGGUUCGUUCAACGGUUAUGGUCGGGAGAGAUCUGCUCCGCAAGGCGGUAACAGCAUGGCGCACGCGCCAUUACAUUCGCGAGGUUUCCGGGAAGGGUCAGCAAUGGCUUGUGCCAACAUUUGGGGUUCCCCUCCGGAUCUUCCAUGGCAGUUGUCCCAGCCUCGGGCGGGGAUGAUGCCGCACAUCUCGCCAGUUCCUGUGGGCCGAACGACAGGAGGGGGCUGUUCCAACCACCCAACUCCGCAUGAUCAGCUGUCAGCGGAACUGUCUGCGAUGGGGGGGGGGAGAGUGCUUCAAGGUGCGUCACCCACAAUCGGUAUGUUGUCGAUCGUUGGAGCUGCACAAGCGCCGAGAAACUCGGAAGUCCACCAGAGGAGAAUGCCGAUUGACGUGCAGGCGAGGGGGGUGGACAGCAGUUCACCUGACCUUUUUUGCGCAACGGACAGCAGGGGAUAUCGACAGUGGCACGAAGAAGGCAGGAGCGACGCCAGAACCGGGUUUUCGGGGAACACGGCCGGCGAGACAGGGGAGGCCGUUGUCGAGGGUACGACGAUGGGAAACCGUGGGGAGAGCGCGGAGAAGGAUGACGAUGAUGGAACGAUAUCCGCGGCGCCGGACAAGAUUGAUGAAGGAGUCGGUGAUCGGACCAAACCGCCUCCUGCGGGUGGACGGAAAAGGAAGGGGGGCAGCUCACCACGACAGCCGAAGAAGAACAACCCCUGGUCUUUGGAAGAAAGAUUGGACCUCGCGAAGUUCGCCAGCGAGGACGACGCCCUAAUGGCCGACGCCGAAGGUGCUCAGGCGUGCAUGACGAGGUCGAAAAGAUGGGAGUGGGUUGCAGGAAGGCUUGGAGACAUCGGUUACUCUAGGACGGCGGAAGACUGCAGGAAGAAAUGGGCGGAGCUGGUGAAGAAGUCAGUGACGUGUGACGACACACUGGCUUCGGAAGAUUUGAGAGGGGGCGGAUCACCGAGCGGUGGAGAGGCGGGUUCGGAGGGUGGUGGGACAGAUGCUUCAGACACCGCCACCAAGACACGACGUACGUCAAGCAGGAAAGCCCGGGGGGGUGAUUCUCCAGCGUUGAUGUACGGCAUGACAUCGGUGAUGGAGGAGUCAACGAGGGCGUUGUGUGAGGGUUUGGACAAGGCUGCCAGCACAUUGGCUCGUGCGUCGACGGAUGGAUCCAGGAUGGUUGUCACGGAGAUCGGGGCUGUCGUCGGCGCGAUGCGGCAGGGCAAUGCUGUUUUGGAAAUGCUUGUCGGGGUUAUGGCGGCGAGAGGUGCAGGGAGUGGUCGGGGAUGGCAGCCGCGACACGGACCCCUCCACAAGGAGAUCGACCAGAAGUCGUACCACUACUACUCUGUGGACGUCAACGGCAAGGCGACGGUGGACCUUGAUGCCGCAAUCGGUUACCACAAGCGACAGUUGUCGCACGUGUUGGUGUGGGUGAAGAAGGUGGGGAGCUUCAUCCCGGAUGAUUGGGAGUCGCUGACUGUGGACAUUGUUGGCGAUAUUGUCCUGAAGCUCGUGGACAACCUUGCAGAGGACCACGACUGGCGGUUGGACAACGGUGCUUUUUUUUACACAUACCUCGAUCCGCUGCUUGUUGGUCGUGGGUACCUCCAUGGAGAGAUCCGGAUGUAGGAGAAGUUCCUUGGGGAUGGGAUGGGUGGCCGGAUGAUGGCUUUACGACUCGGCUAUGGGCCUUU